AUGAAUAACAUAUGUACAACAAUCGUUGUAAUCAAAUUGUUGGAUUUCUUACCUUUUCUAGAUGAUUUUUUUAAAUUGCUAUACUUGAAUAAAACGUGGAGGAACGCUGUACUUGAUGUUAUCAAAAACACAAACCUUUUAAGGAAAAAAACAAUAAUUUGUUUAAAAAAUAAGAAAUAUAUUUUGUUAAUUUUAAAAUAUAUGAACAGCAAUAAUAAUAUAAAUAAUGAAAUAACUGAUUGUUCCUCAUUAGUGUAUCCAAAUAAAUAUAUAUUAUCUCCUUUUUCAAAUGUAUUAAAAUUAAUAAUCGAGUCAUGGAAUCUAAGCCCUCUUUUCAUUAAUUGCAUACAAAUCGCAUUUCCAAAACUUAUUUAUUUCAAAAUAGUGAUUAGCUCGCCUAUUUGUAUAGCUUUGUUAAAAAAUUAUUGUUUUAACUCAAAAAGUUUGAGAUAUAUAACAAUAUGUUUUGCGAAUACCGAACUAAAUAAUGAAUACCGAGAAAAAUUAACAAAAUCUAUAAAUAAUUUUUUAUUUCGUUGGAAUAUAAAUGUUAAGUUAAUUACAGAAUAG